AUGGAUAUACCCACCCUCAAAAGAUCAGCAGAAUGGAAAAUGUUGAGGAAGUUCUUUAACGGAAUCAAGCCCUUUCAGCGAGCUCGCGAUAGGGAUGACAGCCCUCGGAGAUUCGCGCGGAGUACGAUGCGCCCUUGGGGGUCCGCGCGCCUUGCUCAAUCUCGAAAGCCAAGUAAUGAGAAUGGCCCGACUCAAGACGUCAUCUUCAUUCGUGAUAUAGCCCAGUCCUCCGGCCAGGCGUGGAAAACAGAAGACGAUUGUUUCUGGCCUGAACAAUUGGCAGAUAGCUUCCGCACAUUCACGUUCGAGUACGAUUCAAGCUAUGCCGACUCCAUGGAUCGGAUCAUUGCAUACGAUGUAUUAAAAAUACAUGCUCUGAGACUGGUUAGAGCUUUGCAAAAUUGGCAGAAGAAACAGGGGCACUUCUUUGCGCCUUUCAUCGUCGCCCGCGGUUAUGGCGGUCUGAUAUGCGAGCAGGCCUACCUACUAAGCCUUCAGAAGCAUAGACGCCACUUCAUUCGAAUUGAGGGCCUUAUCCUAUUCGAAACACCGCAUUUCCGCGCUGGACUUGCACAAUGGUUGCUGAUCACAGCAAAGGAGCUGAAAAUACCAUGUGCACGCACACCUCAGCUGCAAGAUUGGUCAGAUGUCCAGACACAUCUGAAUAGGAUCGCAGAAAUGCAAAAAGAGUUCCGCGCACUUGUUCCGGGCCCCAGAAUGGCAUGCUUCUUUGCGUCAUCUCAUCCCAAGAACAGCCUUAAGGGAAUCUCACCUGAAUGGGCUGUUCUCCCAGGUGUGACGUCGAUACCACUCGAUUCUGACCAUUUCUCAACGACGAAACCCAAGAGCGCAAGAUCAUCAGAACUUCUUCAGCUGGAGGACUUGAUCAACGGAAAGCUUUCUCAUCGCUUGAGCCAAGAGACACUGCUGUGGCAUUGGAUGCAAUCCUCGCAGAUGCCCCAGGGUGUCUCAAAAGACCCGAAACUUGAACUCACAGCAAGCGGUGCACCGGAUGAGCAGGUCGGCAUCCCAAGGUUGACUCCCCGACAGACCGAGAUCUCCUCUUCACACAAAUAUGAGGUCACCAGAGAAGACAGCGAGCGUGGAGCACAAUCGGAGGAGCGGCGCGAUCAGGCAUACCGGCCGUCUUGGGUCACGGGUCAUGUCUGGGAUGUGGCUCUUACUUGGGAAAAGACCGUUCCGCAGGGUCUAAUUGAGGCUGAAGCAAGACAAGGGAAUAAUAUCAUUGACGUCCUGGACUAUCUUCUCGCUCUGCGCGGAGAUCAGAUCACUAUAAGUGAGGACCUCCUCUAUAUUGCGGCUCAAGAUAUAUUCAACGGCGCCGAUAUCCUGGACUUGUUUCUUGUCAUGAGGGGAGAUCGAAUUACUGUGAGUGAGGAGACCCUCCAGGCCGUCGUUGAGAACAUAAGGGAUGGCAGCGCAAUCAUUGAAAUUAUUCUCAGCCGCUACGGUGACCAGAUCCGUGUCACUGAAGAGGUCUUCAAAGCCGCUGCCGGCAGCAGAAGAUGUGGAAAGCCACUAAUCGAACUACUUCUUCAGCGAUACAAAAAUCAUAUUAGGGUUACUGAAGAGAUUCUCAAAGCUGCUGCCGCGAAUAUAGAGCAGGGAGCUUCAAUCAUGGAACUACUACUCCAGAAUUACGUCGAUGAGAUCGAUGUUACUGAAGAGAUCUUGAAAGCCGCCGCUGCUAAUAGCAAGAACGGAAGUGCGAUUCUUGAUCUACUUCUUGAGAGAUCUAGGAACAAGAUCAAAAUUACGGAGGGCAUCCUCAAAGCCGCUGCUGCCAACGUACAGUGUGGAAAGGCGGUCAUGGAAUCAUUACUUGGCUCCGGACAUCAGAUCAUCGUUACAGAGGAGGUUGUCAAGGCUGCUGUUACCAAUCCAGGUGAUGGUUAUGCAGUCUUGGACCUACUCGUGGAGCGAUAUGGAGGAAAUGUCCUCAUGACAGAGGGGAUUUUCAAAGCUGCAGCAGGAUCCCGCGCGGGAUGGAACAGGGAGAAAGUUUCAGCUCUUCUUCUUCGGUCUGUGAAGGACAGACAGGUGGAGUUCGCAAGUUCCAUCAAGUUACUUCUUGAUACAGACAACUCCGUCCAACAACUACUCUCCUGGACUGCAAAUAAUGACGAGGAUACUUUCAGGCUGCUUCUCGAGAUGGAUCAAAUCGAUCUUCACUCAAACGGUAGUGAUGGUCACACAAUACUGUCGAGAGCUGCGGGCUAUGGCCAGGACAACAUCGUGAAGCUAUUAAUGGCUUCAAGUAAGGUCGAUAUCAAUUUGGAGGACGGCGGUGGCCGCACACCACUAGCAAGAGCUCUGGCGGGGAGGAAGGCGAAAGCCGUGACGCUGCUGGGCAAGGCGGCCGAGACUGGCGAAACCGAACUCAAUUUUUGGGGCAAAGAUGGCUACACUCCACUAUUUCGCGCUGUAUAUAAAAACGACCAUGACAUGGUGAAAGCACUUGUAGACACAGGCAAGGUCAAAGUUGAGGAACGGCUGGGGACGGGCUCGACCGCACUCUCGUGGGCUGCAGAGCGUGGACAAAAGGAAGCCGUUGAUCACCUACUCGGAGUGAGAGGGAUUGAUGUCAACUCGAAAGACAAUUCGGGCUGGACACCUCUGUCUUGGGCUGUGGCCGAAGGGCAGGAUGCGGUUGUCAAGCUGCUGCUGGUAAAAGGUAAAGCUGACGUGACUGUCAAGGUUAACGGCGAGACGCCUCUCGAACAGGCUGAAAGGCUCAAACGGACGAAAAUCGUUCAGCUACUAAGACUCCACAGCUCAGACGAGCUUAGUCUUGAUGUGUAG